UUACUGCUUUAUACGUUAUUCGACACUAAAGAGUAAAAAACUGCAAAACACACCCCAACAGGCAGAAAUAAAAUUCAAUUUUUCACAUUUUUCUAUAUUUCCAUUUCACUCAUUCGCGCCUUUGAAUUCAUUCAGCAAGCACACAAAAAAGCAUUACCAUAAAGACAUUAAUGGCUCAUUUGUUUUCUUCUUAUUCUUAACUUUUUUUCUCUUUUUAUUUCUUUGCAUAUUUAUUUUGAAAUCAUACACAGAACAGGCCAAAAAAUAUAUUAAGCACAAAAGAAGCGAAGAGAAACGACAAAAGUCACAAGGAAUUUGCAUCAAAAGAUUAUUUUUAAAAGCAUUUAAUUUUUUAACUUGAAGCUCCAUUAAAGCACAAAAAUGUACAAUUUUAACACUUCGUUAUCAACACCAUUACUCGGUGUCGGGGUUGAUUUUUGUUCCAGUACCCCAAGAACGCCGGAAAUCCUUAACUCGCUCAUCGCAAUGACAAAUCCAUUCGAAUACUCAUAUACAUCAGCAACAUCACAAAAUCAAACCAUUCCAACUGUAUCAUCAUCAAAUGGUGGCAGCUUAAGCAAUCUAUUCAAUGACACUUCACCAGUGAUAGCAUGCAAAUUGGAAAAUUCAUUUAUUCAACAGCAAUAUGAUAAUAAUUCUCAAUCGAAUUGCUCAUCUUCAUCGUCACUGGAAUCUCCGAGUACGACACCACUUCAUAUGGCAUCAACAAUCGCUUCCACGACACCGAGCUUGCAACAGACUCGCUCACAAUUAAUCAAGGCUGGUGUAAAACUUUUAAUUCAAAAUAAACGAAAAAAUAGUGGAAGUUCCUGUGAUGCUGACUGUAAACCACCACCAUUAAAAAUACGAGCUACUUCAACUUUAUCAUCACCGACAUCAUCAUCAAGAGAUUUUAUUUCUAGCAUUCCAAUAAACAGCAACACCAGUAGUAAUAGUGACUCCUCAGAAAUUGUGCCAUUAACAUCACCCAAGCAAGUUGCGUCGCCCAUUAGUGUACGAAACUUUUCAAUCAAAACUGAUUCAACGACAUCCUGUGACGAAGAUACGGACAUUAAGCCUCUGGUGAAUAAACAUAAUCUUACACCCGAAGAUGAAGACCGCCGUAGAAGACGUCGUGAACGUAACAAAAUUGCAGCAACAAAAUGUCGACUUAAGAAACGUGAAUGUAUUAAUAAUUUAAUGCGCGAAUCGGAAACACUCGAAGCACAGAAUGUUGAAUUGAAAACACAAUUGAAAAGUUUGGAGGAAGAAUAUAAAUACUUAACUGAUAUGUGGCAGGCGCAUCAGCAUGAAUGUAAAAAUUUAUCCCUCUUAGGAUCAGUAACGAAUCGAAAUACGAACAAUAUAUGUGAUGGAAGUCUGGAUCCCUUGAGUGAACUCGAUGCAGCACUAAAAGACACAAACAACAAUAAACAUUUGAACGACCAGAGUCAACUUCCAAGCUUAACACCAUUAAUAAAUUGCAAUGUGUCAUUUGAUUUUUAUUAAACUGACAAAAUUUUUAUAUUCCGGUCUCAAAUAAAUGUUUUUACAUUCUGUUUUCAAAACAUAUACAUUGCAAGCAAAACUGAAUAAUGAGAAAAAGAAGAGAAAUUAAACGCGAAUGAAAUAACAUUUUGUAACAUUUUUUGAAAUUCCCUGAUGACAGCUUAAUUGAUAUAAAAAUGUAAGAAGAAGAAAAAUACGAAAAAUUGAACUUAAUUAUUCAUUUUAUGAAGUGAGAAAACAAUUUGAAAGAAAAAAAUCAAUUGCAAAAAAGAAAAUCGUAAGUGAAGAAAAGAGAAUUUUUCAAUGCAGCGAGAAAUUAUCAUGAUCCACAAAAAAAUGUGUCUAAAAAUGUAAAUAGAGCUUCUAUCAUGUUUUAUUAUUUUUGAAACAGGUGAUGUUUGUAUAAAAUUAUCGAAUAACGAAAAGGAAGCUAAGCCUUUACAAUAAUUUAUGUCAGUCAAUCAAUCGGCUAGAAUCAGAUUUGUUCAUUUCCUAAGUUUAUACUGUAAUGUAAUUGAUAAUGAAAAUCAAUAGACAAAUGCCGAUCGAUUUGAAUAUGUGGAAGGGUGCGUUGAAAGGAAUGCACUUGCACUCGCUGCAUGACACAUCAAUUAAGAUCAAUUAGACAUUUUUUCUCUGUUACUACUUGCAUAUUUGCAACAUUAACAUUCAUUGAAUAAGCUCA